ACCUAAAGAUUCAUUUUGAUGUGCUGGUUACUGGUUUCUGUAUUCAAGGAACAGUAUAUAUGCGAUGUGCAAGCACCCGACAUGUCAAAUUUCACUAGCUGUAAAGGCAUUUUGAAGGCAGCCAGCUAGUCAUGGAUCAUCACAGUGAGGAUAUUAAGUAUGAAGAGGAAUUUAUCGUGAACUCCAGGGGCAACAAGCUGUUCACUUGCAGAUGGAUACCGCAGAAUUUUCAGCCUAAAGCUUUGAUCUUCAUCUGUCAUGGAAUUGCAGCAGAGUGCAGCAUAUCAAUGAGAGAUGCCGCAGCUCGGUUGGUGCGGGCUGGAUAUGGCGUUUAUGGGAUAGAUCAUGAGGGCCAUGGCAGAUCAUCUGGACGGAGGUGCUACAUACCAAAUUUCAGCGACAUCGUCACAGACUGCUCCGAUAGUUUCAUGAGUAUUUGCGAGAAGCCGGAGAACAGGGAAAAGAAGAGGUUCCUUUACGGCAUCUCUAUGGGCGGAAGCGUGGCGCUUCUCCUCCAUAGAAAGUCGCCAGACUACUGGGAUGGUGCCAUCUUGCUUGCUCCUAUGUGCAAGGUCUCUGAUGACAUGAAGCCUCAUCCAAUAGUCGUCAGCGCUCUGACAAUGAUUUGUGCUGUUGUGCCUAGUUGGAGGAUCAUACCCACACCUGACAUCAUUGAUAAAGUCUGCAAAGAUCCAGAGAUGAGAAAAGAGGUUCGUUCCAAUCCAUAUAUAUACAGAGGAAAGCUCCCCUUGAAAACAUGUCAUGAACUCCUGAUGGUCAGCCUAGACAUUGAGAAGAACUUGAAUCAGGUGACGAUGCCAUUCCUGGUCCUGCACGGUGGAGAUGACAUCGUGACGGAUCCCUCCGUCAGCAAGCUGCUGUUCGAGAAAGCAUCAAACAGGGAUGAAACCUUCAAGCUCUACCCUGGGAUGUGGCAUGCGCUAACAGCUGAAUUCCCUAACGAUGUUGAGCGCGUGUACUCUGACAUAAUCACUUGGCUAGAGGAAAGGGCAAAUUGUGCAGGUAGUGUUUCAGAAAAGAGUAGCGCAUCUAGUGUCUAAGAGAUGCGUGGGGUUCACUUAUCACUUUGUAACAAAUAAUGCAACGUUCAAGGAUGGUGUGCAGUUCAGUA